UAUUCCAAAACUCUAAUUGAUGAACCGAGCUGCUAAUCUUCGGAGUUCAAUGGCUAAGAAACUCUCAACUAAAAUACUCAGCAUCAUUAUGUGUUAUAUUUCUACCUCUUCUCGAUGCUGAGGCUUGUAAGCAAUCUUGGAUAUUUCAUAGUCAAAAGUGCACUCCCACAACCUCGCAGAUUUAUUUAACCAUAAGCUAUUAAUCCCUUUAUUUAACCUAUAAGGAAUAGUUUUUGAAGUUUUGUCGGAUUUAUUAGCUCAAUGUAUUUGAUCAGGAUUCGUUACUCCUUCAGGUUAACAAGAAAUUUAGCUGUAAUGAUUAUUACAUAUCUGUUAUUAUAGCUGCCAUUACGAUUCAUCCAAUCACCGCGAGUUUCUAUAUAGCUCUAUGUUGUGCACUCCCUCACUGAUUCACCUCACCUUUUGAGGAGUUAAUCCAUCUUGGAUUUCGGAAAGGAUCCCCAAUCGAUAAAAUCGGAUUUUUCAGCUCAGGUACUGGUGUGAUUGAUGUAUGAGGAUCAGGCAUUUUCCUGUGACUUUGCUCAUUUAUGAGAGAUGACUUCGUCUUCCUAGCAGUAGCUCUAGCUAUUCUACUUUGCUUCAUGAAUGUUAUGAUAACGUUCAGGAAGAUGCCAACAUUACCUUUUGUAGAGAAGAACCCUCAGGCGCAAGUUCAGACUGAAUCCAUCAUAAGAUUUCUGAGCUCUAGCAAUGAGCUUACUAAUAAUGCUGAUAAUAGAAACACCCCCAACGAAGAAGAAGAUUUAGAAGAUAAUGAAAUAGGAGAAGACGUUGCACAAAAUUUACAGAUAGGCUUUUUCAACUUCAAACUCAUCUUAUCAAAAAUCAGCAGAUACAUUCUCAACCUCUUCCUUGUUUCUUUCUUUAAGUACUCUGUCGCUGUUGAAUUUGUCAAUUUUUUAGUAAUAAAUUUCAAAAAUAACUCCUAUACGAACAAAAAUAGUUUUUAUUUGAAAAGUUUUAGUAAUGUGUGCUUUUUGCUAUUAAUUUGGAUUCCUCACUUCGAGAAGCCCUCUAUCUCUGAUCAAGAUUAAGCGGGUAAAGAUUGUCACACUCAUACAGAUCUUAAAUUUUAUCUUCUUUUUCUGAAAUGCUGGUCUAUUUUUUCUGAAGAACUACUAUGUUAUGUUUUGGUGGGUUUAUGGGAGGAACCUCUUACGUAAAUGUGAUUGCCAGAUCUUUCACUCUGAAAAGAUCAAUAAGACAGAGAAAAGCUUGCUGGAAUAACAACAUGUAUCUUUGAUGAUAUAUGAAUUUUAUUAGCUGCCAUAUUUUCUCUGAUUCUCUCAAAUAUGUUGUC